AUGGUCAAGGUUUGUUAUGGUUGUAUGGUUGCUGAUGGCGUUCGUCUUAAUGCAAAGCUACACUGCAAUUUUAUCUGCAAUGUUCACAGUAGAUCAGUUAGCCUACAGGGAGCGAAAAUGGAGGUCGAUGCAAUCUUUGAUGAAAUCCCAUACAUAAACUUGUUUCUUGAUAAGUAUGGUUCUGAUUAUAAAGUUGUUGGUCCAACAUACAAAACAGAUGGAUUUGGCUUUAAAAAUUUUGGACCUACAUAUCCAUCAUCGAAUUCUCUAAUCAAUUCGAUAAACCCGGACAUCCCAAAGCUGACAGUUUACGACUUUGGAGGACUAUUUAUCCUCAUUGGAGCAGCGCUGUUAUUUGCAUUAUUCUGCUCAGAGACCUCAGUUGGCCAAAAACUCACCAAUAUAGUUGCACAUUAUGGCCAAAAAUCUUUCAUUUUUAUAUCAUUUCAAGGGAAUGACUCAAGGGUUCACUCAACUCUCCGUUCUGAUGAUGGAAAUGAAGUUCAAGAAACUGAUCAUAUCAAUCAAGCAUCUGCACAGGGAGAAGAUUUAGUCAUUUCAGUAAGAAAUGGACAAGCUAAUGAGUCUGAGCAAGGCAAUCCUAGUGAUGAAAUUCAGCUAUCUGAGAUCGGGAACAGCAACACCGAUGCCAUACAGGAAGACAAACCAGUUAGUGAUCAAUCUGCCAAGACAGGUUUCAUAAGUAAUGAAACUGCAGAACCAACCUCUGUCCAUAUUGGUCUGAUUUUUGAUACUGUAUCACCUAUGGAUGCUAUGGUGGAUACAUGUAUCGCGAUGGCAAUCUGUGAUUUUUAUACAUCUCAUCCGGAUUACAAAACGAGAUUGAUUCUCCAUAGAAGAGAUGCUCAGGAUGACCUGGAUAUAGUAUCUGCAGCAACUGGAUUUGCAAUAGAUAUAUUCCUCUAUGCCCUGGACCUUCUACCAUUUCAUUUAGAUUACGAGUUCUUUUCUCCUACUAAUGAAAGCGGGCGAAGUAAUGAAACAUACGAUGAUCUUCUCCAUGGAAUACCAAACCAGUAUGACAUAUUUGUUGCUGACACGACAAUCUUGGCUGAUCGAGCAAAAUAUGUUGAUUUCACUCUGCCAUAUUCUGCAGCAGGAACCGUUAUGGUGGUCAGAAACAGGAAACAAAGAGACAUAUGGAUCUUUGUGAAGCCAUUUAGGUGGGAUCUUUGGCUGCUAAUAUUUUGUACUAGCAUAUGCAUUGGUAUAGUCCUUCAAAUACUGGAGCGUCGAGCAAAUAGCCAACCAGAUUCUAUUGGAUUACGUAACAGCAGACUUGGGUUGUCUUUCCCAAUUUCCUCACUAGCUUUUCCAGAAAGAGAUUUGGUUACAAAUAAAUGGGCAAUUUCUGUCAUGGUUGUGUGGUUGCUGAUGGCCGGCAUCCUAAUGCAAAGUUACACUGCAAAUUUAUCUGCAAUGUUUACAGUGGAUCAGUUAGACUACAGAUUUUCAAGUAAUGAUUCCAUUGGGGCAUUCCCUUUAGGAUCUCCACUGGUUGCAUAUUUCUCAAGGGCAAUCCUAGCAGUGACAGAAAGCGUGAACAUGACUGCGAUUCAGGAAAAGAACUUUGGACCUUCAAAUCCAACAACUAGUGGCAGUCAAAUCAAUUCAGUGAGCUCAGAGAGCCCAAAGUUGCGAGUUUACGACUUUGGAGGAUUGUUUAUCAUAAUAGGCUCAGCACUGCUACUUGCACUAUUCUGCUCAGAGACCACUGUUGGUCAAAAAAUCACCAACAAAGUUGCAGAUUGCAGUCAGAAAUCUCUCUUCUUCCUACCGAAUCGAGGGUAUGACGCAAGGGAUGACUCAACUGUCCAUCCUGAUGAAGAUAAUCAAAAUGAAGAUUCAUCUUCUGAUGAUGAUCAGCAUCAAGGAUCUGACCACAACAUGAACAACAUCAACCCUGAAUCCGGCCAAGGAGACUUGAAGGUUUCAGCUGGAAGCAACGGCCCAGUUAACAAGGACAAUCCUACAAAUGAAAUUCAGCUAUCUGAGCUCAGGAAUGCCAAUGUAACGGAAGAAAGACGAAUCAGUUAG